AUGACUUCGUGGGUUUCGCUCUUCAGUUACAAUCUGGAAAUCCUGGCGUCAUGCGUGCCAACGCAUCGCUGGGUGAGCUUGGAUUUGGCACGGUUCUACUCAGAAACUUACCAUUUAUAUUUAGCGGUUGUGGUGGAUCAUGAAUACAUGACAAUCCAUGGCCAAAAUGUAAUGUCCCAUUUUGAAAAGAUCCUGAGCGACAUAAUACGGGAGAAUCUGAGGAACGGUGGCAUAAAUGUCAAAUAUUUCACCUGGAACUCAGUGCGAUUAAAGAAAGAUUUCUUGGCUGCUAUAACGGUGACGGAUUGCGAAAACACUUGGAAAUUUUAUAAGAAUACCCAAGAAACUUCAAUUCUAUUAAUUGCCAUCACAGACUCCGAUUGUCCUCGAUUGCCCUUAAAUCGUGCUCUAAUGGUACCUAUAGUUGACCAUGGCGAUGAGUUUCCUCAAGUGAUUCUUGAUGCCAAGGUUCAGCAAAUUCUCAAUUGGAAGACGGCUGUGAUUUUUGUGGAUCAAACUAUAUUGGAUGAAAACUCGCUUCUAGUCAAAUCGAUUGUACAUGAAAGUACCACCAACCACAUCACUCCAAUCUCUCUGAUCCUCUACAAAAUCGAUGACUCCUUACGGGGUCAAGAGAAGCGAGCUGCUUUGCGACAAGCUCUAACCCAGUUUGCUCCUCCCAAACACGAAGAGAAGCGUCAGCAAUUCCUAGUGGUUUCCGCCUUCCACGAGGACAUCAUUGAAAUAGCAGAAACCCUGAAUAUGUUCCAUGUGGGCAACCAGUGGAUGUUCUUUGUCCUUGACAAGAUGCGUCGGGACUUUGACCCCGGUGCUGUGACCAUAAAUUUGGACGAGGGGGCGAACAUAGCCUUCGCUCUCAAUGAAACCCUGCCCAAUUGCCAGGACACGUUGAAUUGCACCAUCUCCGAAAUAAGUCUCGCUUUGGUGACCUCCAUUUCGAAGAUGACAGUCGAGGAGGAGUCAAUUUACGGCGAGAUCUCCGACGAGGAGUGGGAGUCCAUUCGCUUUACCAAGCAGGAGAAGCAAGCCGAAAUCCUGGAGUACAUGAAGGAUUUCCUAAAAGAAAACGCAAAGUGCUCCAGUUGCGCCAGAUGGCGCAUCGAAACAGCCAUUACUUGGGGCAAAAGCCAGGAGAACCGCAAGUUCCGAACAGCUCCAACACGCGAUGCAAAAAACCAAAACUUUGAGUUCGUCAACAUUGGCUACUGGAGUCCAUUACUGGGAUUCGUCUGCCAGGAACUAGCAUUUCCGCACAUCGAUCACCAUUUCCGCAACAUAACCAUGGAUAUUGUUACUGCACACAAUCCACCGUGGCAAAUUCUCAAAAAGAACAGCCAUGGGGUCAUCGUCGAGCACUCCGGAAUCGUCAUGGAAAUCAUCAAGGAGCUGAGUCGUGCCCUGAAUUUCAGCUACUACCUCCACGAAGCCACCUCGUGGAGGGAAGAAUACCCACUUAGCACGUCAACGAAUACAAAUGAAACCGACGAACUGGUGGGUUCCAUGACCUUUCGUAUACCCUACCGCGUGGUGGAGAUGGUGCAGGGCAACCAGUUCUUCAUCGCUGCCGUGGCAGCCACCGUGGAGGAUCCCGACCUUAAGCCUUUCAACUACACACUGCCCAUCAGUGUGCAAAAGUACUCCUUCAUCACUCGGAAGCCGGAUGAGGUGUCCCGCAUUUAUCUCUUCACAGCUCCGUUUACCACGGAGACCUGGUUCUGCCUGGUGGGCAUCAUCCUGCUCACGGCUCCCAUGCUGUAUGCCAUCAAUCGCCUGGCUCCUCUAAAAGAGAUGCAGAUUGUCGGCCUGUCCACCAUGCAAAGCUGCUUUUGGUACAUAUUUGGGGCUCUGCUUCAACAGGGUGGCAUGUACUUGCCGCGUGCAGAUAGUGGCCGCCUGGUGGUUGGUUUCUGGUGGAUCGUGGUGAUCGUGCUGGUGACCACCUACUGCGGCAACUUGGUCGCCUUUCUCACGUUCCCCAAGUUCCAGCCGGGCGUGGACUACCUCAGUCAGCUGGAGCGGCACAAGGACAUCUCGCAGUACGGCCUGCGCAACGGAACCUUCUUCGAGCGAUACGUGCAGUCGACAACCCGAGAGGAUUUUAAGCACUUCAUGACAAGGGCUAAGAUCUACGGGAGUGGCGAGGAAGAGGGCAUCGAAGCUGUGAAGCGGGGUGACCGAAUUAACAUCGACUGGCGGAUCAAUCUGCAACUGAUCGUGCAGCAGCACUUCGAGAGGGACAAGGAGUGCCGCUUCGCUUUGGGCAAGGAGAGCUUUGUGGACGAGCAGAUAGCUAUGAUUGUGCCAGCUCAAAGUGCCUAUCUGCACCUAAUAAACCGGCACAUCAAUAGCAUGUUCCGCAUGGGAUUCAUCGAAAGGUGGCACCAGAUGAACCUGCCCAACUCAGACAAGUGUAUCGGGAAGGGCGCGCAGCGGCAAGUUACUAAUCACAAGGUAAACAUGGACGACAUGCAGGGAUGCUUUUUAGUCCUGCUCCUCGGAUUCACGGGGGCCCUUUUAAUAGCCUGCUGCGAGUUCUGGUACCGACGUUUUCGCGCCAGUCGCAAACGCAGGGAGUUUACCAACUGACCUCUACCAAAUGUGUAGAAUAGUGGGUUUAAGUUUGCACAUCCAUUUGCAAUCGACUCUAAGUGCAACUUACUUAUUCACCUACAACAGAUCAUGAUUUUGCAGCGUAUGACUGUGUAUAAACAAACAUUUUUUGUACGCACUUUCGCUAAACUUUUUAGAAAAAUACAUAGAUACCUAACUUUCAGGGAAUAAACAAAUUAUCCUUAUAAUUGUAAAAACAAUUCACUAUGCCUUUGGUCAAGCUUAAAUGUCAAACCGUUACUCUUUUAAAUGCGAAUGUUAUAAAUAAAUUUGGAUCACUCCAAUGGAUUACUAAAAAGUCUGACUUUUCAGUCUCGAACUAGGGCUCAAAAUAAUAAGCAAGUAAACAAUUUGACCACGCUCUGAAUAAAAACGUCGAUAUAACGUGGAUU